AUGGCAGCGUUUAAAAAAACAAACGUUAAAAUUUAUGUUAAAAAUGCACCUGAUCUUACACCUGAGAAUAUUUAUUGGAAAAAAUAUUCAGCACCAGUAUUGGUGAAAGAAUUUGGAGCGAUAGAUUAUAUAGAUUUUUCACCAGCUGAACCACAAAAUUUUGCUGUUACUUGCUCAGUAAGAGUUCAAAUUUAUAAUACAGUAACAAAACUUGCUACCAAGUUUAAAAUACCCUUUAAAGAAUUCGCCUAUGGAGCAUCUUUUCGUGCUGAUGGAAAACUUAUUUGUACUGGUGGACAAGACCAAUGUGUACGUCUUUUUGAAUUCGGAAUUAAACAUCGUGCAUUGCGGAUAUUUUCUGGUCACAAAGCACCAGUACACAGAACAUUUUUUACAACUGAUGGAUAUCACAUAACAUCAUUUUCUGAUGAUAAAAGUGCCGCAGUCUGGGAUAUAUCUGGAGAAUCACGAAUAAUAACAUUUGACGAACAUACUGAUUAUGUUAGAGCUGGAGCAGUUAGUCCUAUUUCACCGGAUAUAUUUUUAUCCGGUAGUUAUGAUAAUACUGUUAAAAUGUAUGACACUAGAACUAGUAAAAGUGUAUUUACUGUUAAUCACGGUGCUGCAGUUGAAAGUGUCAUAUUUUUACCUUCCGGAGGAAUAUUUAUUUCAGCAGGUGGCACAGAAAUGAAGGUAUGGGAUGCGCUCGCUGGUGGUAAACUUUUAGCUAAAAUCUCUCAACAUCAUAAAACCAUAACUUGUCUUGCUCUGUCAUCUAAUGGUCAUAAAAUACUGUCAGGAUCUUUAGACAGGCAUGUUAAAGUUUAUGAUGUAGGAACCUACAAAGCAAUUCACACGUUUGACUAUCCAAAUUCAGUUUUAAGUCUUGGAAUUAGUGCUGGUGAUGAAACGAUAGCAGCUGGAAUGAUUGAUGGUUUAAUAUCAAUAAGAAGAAGAGAAAAUGAUGAAAAAACGAAAGAUGAAAAACGUAAAAAAGUAUCUCACAGAAGACGUGGAUUAAGUCAACAUUCAUCAACAAUAGACGUAAUUGUUCCACUUGAGAAUAAAGAUAUACAAAGCAGACACGAUGUAUUUCUCAGAAAAUUUCAGUAUUCGAGAGCACUAGAUUGUGUUAUGGUGACAUAUAUUGCUAAUAAAACCCCACAUGUGACAGUAGCUCUUCUACAGGAGCUUACACGUCGGCAAGGUUUACAACAAGCUUUGGCUGGAAGAGAUGGAAAAUCUUUAGUCAAUAUCUUAAAAUUCAUUAUUAAACAUAUUGGAACCCCACGGUUUGCCCGAGUUUUACUUCACGUAACUCACGUUUUAAUGGAUUUGUAUGAGGACACAAUUGAUGAACUUAAUUUGGAGUGUAGAACAAUGUUCUCUUCAUUACAUCAAAAAUUAAAUGACGAAGAAGAGCUAAUAACAUCUAUGACGGAACUUCAAGGUGCUCUAUACAUGAUAUUGUCAGCUUCUGAAUCAAUGCAAGGAACAAAUAUUAAAGAACCUCAGAUCUUGGAACCUUCCAGCGCAGCUCAAAAAAAUUUAGUUCUAAAUAUUUCUUGA